UAUCUGUGGCAAUGUCUCACUGAUAUAACACACAAAUUCAAUCAAACAUCGAUAAAAGAAACUCGUCGCGUAUUCAGAUUCCAUUAAAAAAAACAAAACAAAUGAGCAACUGGAAAAAACAAAAUUCACGUGCGAAUUCAACAAUUUAAAAUGCUAAGACAGCAGUCUAAAAAUUAAUUGUAUUUUAUUCUAUGUCCAUUGUGGCGCAAGUGAAAAAGCAAAUAGGGGAAAUUGGAAAGCAAACAUUUAUCGAUAUUUAUUACCCCAGACAAAGGGGAACUAAGUGAAACUGCGUGACAACGCCUGGUAGUUGUGAAAAAAGAAAAUGAAUCAUAUUUAUUUGAUUUCUUAAAUCUUGGAAUAAAUUGUUGAAAGUGCUACAACAACAACAGCAUUAAUGACUUGCAGUUGUAGUCCACUUUUCUUUGUGUUUUUACGCAAGAACUUACUUUUCCUUCGAUGCCAUUGGAUACCUCUCCUCUUCAUAUUCAUUAGCUGGCUUGGGGUACUAUGGGGUUAUUUGCAUUGGACUGUGAAGCCCACAAAGCUUCAACUUGAUAACUUCGAAACAAAGAAUUAUGAUGCACUCAGACUAUUAAUGCCUGCCAAUGACAUGGAUUUAAUCUAUUAUGCUCCUAAUACUGCAAACGUGGACUCUUUAAUGGACAAUUUACGACGGGAAUUGGAAAUUUCAGCGGAGCGUUUUCGAUCGUAUAAUAGCAGCGUGGAUAUGCAAUUGGAAAUGGAACAGCAUUGCCGUGGCGAUUGUUUUGCCAUUAAUUUUGAACAUCUGCCGUCGCCUUAUACAGGCGGGCACUUUAAAUAUUGCCUCAGUUCAAAUCGUAUGCGGAUAUCGCCCAAGCUUCGUUUUGUCAAUGACGAAGAGAUAAAUCAUCAGAAGGAUGACGAUGAAUAUAUUCGCGGAGGAUUCUUAACAUUGCAACACAUAUUGGAUCGUCAGUAUAUGAGAUAUCAAGGAUUUCAAGAUGACUAUCAGCUGUUGUUGAACUCUAUGCCAAAUUUGGAAAUAAAUGGAUGGGAUAGCUAUCGAAUUGUACAUUUUGGCACAUUGUUUAGUAUACUGUUUGCAGUCUUGUUACUUAGCACAUUUAUUGUACCUUUUGUGGAGGAGAAACAAAAUGGACUAAAGGAAUUUCUCAAUCUCGUCACACCAAUGAGUUUUCUCAAUGGACUUACCUUUUUUCUCAUACGAUUUGCUUGCUAUUUGGGCUUUCUUAUAGUCGCAUUAAUCUUAGCCAUCCAAUAUAAGGCUUUGGGAUUAAUAAGCUUUGGCUAUAUAUUGACUUUAUAUUUUUUGUAUAUUGUGGCAACGACAUCAUAUGCAUAUUUAAUAUCUGUAUGCUUUCAUUCUGUUUUUUAUGCAAAAAUUGGCGGUCUGGUGUUACUUAUUAUUCCAUACGCGUUCAGCUUUGUCCGCAGCUGGGCAACACAGUGGGCCUUUGUGUUUUUUAGCACCAAUGCAUUUCUCGAGGGUAUCGAUGUGUUCCAGACUUUUUGCAACAAACAUCGCAAAUUUGGUGGUUUGGAUCUAUUCCGGGAAAUCAAAGACAACUCUAAUCUCAUUAUUUGGGUCUAUGUAGUGUUGAUUUUCCAGACAUUUCUCUAUGCUUUGCUCUACAAUUAUUUAGUUUGUGUAUUUCCCGGUCCUGGUGGCUUGAAACGACCAUUUCUCUUUUUCUUAGAUCCUAAGACCUAUAAGAAACGUCAACGGAAUGAGUACACAACAUCACCGCGUGGAACCCAUGCCAUUAUCAUAUCAGAUCUGUGCAAAAAAUUCCAAACAACCAAACGAGAAACUAUUAUUUCUGAUAACUUAAAUAUGACCAUCAAUAACAAGGAAAUAACAGUUCUAUUGGGCCACAACGGUGCCGGAAAGACAACCAUGAUGAACAUGAUAAUGGGUCUUGUGCCCAAGGACUCGGGUAAAAUAGUUGUCUGCAGUGAACGUGAUGUGUCCUCAUAUCGUCAUCUCAUCGGAUUUUGUCCCCAACAUAGCGUCUUCAUGAGCUACAUGACUUGCCGUCAGCAUUUAAAAUUUUUCGCCGAACUGCGUGGUGCAACGAAUGCAGAGGCUCAUUCCUGGGCCGACACCACACUGAAGAAAUUAAAUUUAUACGAUAAGGCUGAUGUGUACGGAAAAAACUUGUCAGGAGGCAUGAAGAGACGUCUAUCAUUGGGCAUUGCAAUUGCGGGAAACACCAAAAUUGUGAUCCUCGAUGAGCCAUCCUCUGGCUUGGAUAUUGAAUCGCGUCGUGAACUAUGGGACAUUUUGUUGAAUUUACGCAAGGAAAAGGCUAUUUUAGUUACCACACAUUACAUGGAAGAAGCUGAAGUUCUUGGUGACACUAUUUGUAUAUUAGCCAAUGGCCAAUUACAACGCAGUGGCUCUCCAUUAGAAUUAAAGCGUAAAUCCGAUCGUGGGUAUCGUUUGAAAUUGGAAAUUACUGAUUUCAACUUCCGUAGAGAUGAAAUAAUGGAGCUAAUUAAUAAACACAUACCCAGUGCCAUGUUUAUUAGUAUGGUAAAGCCAACUGUGUACAUUUGCCUGCCGUAUAAAUAUAAAAAGAAUUUCCAUGACAUGUUAAAAGAGCUUGAGGAGAAAGCCAAACAGUUGGACAUUGAAACGAUAUCCAUAACGGAUACAUCUCUGGAAGAUGUAUUUUUAAGUUGUGCGGGUGAAGCAGAUCAAGUUGAUACACCGGACGGUUCUCGCAAUGAUGCACCACUGUUGACUGCACCGUACAAGCGUCUAAAUAAUCAUCAUCAUAACCCGCCUUGGUGGCAAUUGUGGUUAGCUGUGUUCUACAAAAAAUGGACAUUUUUGCAAAAUGAAAUGGUCUAUGGCGGCAUUAUGCACUUAAUUCCCGUGAUAAGUGUUGUUGGAGCAAUUUGUAUAAUGCACGCUAUGUCUGUGGUUACAAAUGAGGUGGCCUUACCCCUUAGACUCAGUGGAAUGAAAGAGGGCGUGGUUUAUAUCUACAAUCCCACUGGACAUCAUGCUCAAAUUGAAAAACAAUUGCGACAACAGAUCGAGUUGAGUGGCCUGCAAGCAAAAACUUUGAACUUACGUGGCAGUGAUGUGAAAGAAGAAAUCCUUAGGCUACAGGAAGACAAUUUGGCAGAUUUUCUACAAGAUGUUGUUGGUCUGAUUGAUAUGCAUGUUGAUGGACAGGGUACCGGGACGACACCAAUUCUGAAUAUAUAUUACGCUACCAAUCGUUAUCACAGCUCCGUUGCACUUAUCAAUCUAAUUGAUAUUAGUAUGUUAAAGCUAAACGAUCAAGCAGCUGACAUCGAUACCAUCUAUAUGCCUAUACGACGCUUUGUCAGCGAUAUAAGUCCCACACGUUUGGAAUAUUAUGCUGUUAUGGUAUCGGUAGGAAUGUUCUUUUAUAUGUUCUAUUUUAUCUCUCUGCCAUUCCGCGAACAUGCGAACGGUUUUCGUGAACUGCAGGCCAUAUCGCGUUAUACCUACUGGAUGGCCACAUUUGUAUUUGAUGUAAUAUUAUUAAUUUUUAAUGGAUUAAUUCUAUACGUGAUACAAGCCGCUAUUAUGCCCGCGGAACUUUAUGGUGGCGAUGAAUUGCGUUUCAUUGUUAUGAGCAUCAUAUUCUAUGGAUGUAGUUAUUUACCUAUUUUAUAUAGUCUAGCAAAUAACUUUAAAUCCAUAUCAACAAUAUCGACAUAUCUACUGCUAAUGCUCAUUGUUUCGGCUAUUGCUCCACUUAUUACAUCUAGCAAUCUGCAGGCCAUGAAAUUACACGAGACUAAAAUUACAUUCCUUUGCUUUCUGCCCGAUUUUAAUUUGAAUCAUCAAUUGCGGAUAAUUAAUGAAAACUUGAUAGCCCGCCGACGUCCGGGUAAAACGUUUGAGUUUAUAUCUCCCCAUCAGUUCUUUGUCUACGCCAUAUUCGUAUGUUGCUUUACAAUGAUCUUCUUUACUGUGAUUUUGGAGAAUAAAUAUCAUCGUCAGUUUCUGAUGAACAUUUUGCGGUUCCGUUGGUCGAACGAAAAUAAAACAGCCAAGGACAAUGGUGAUUCCUCAAUAGAUGAUUGUAAGAAAGAAGAGGAACGUGUAAAAGAUCUAAUGUCGAAUGGGAAUGGCAGUGAUCAAUAUCCAUUGAUUGUGAGUAAUCUUGUCAAGUCAUAUAAUAAAAAUCGGGCAGUGGAUAAAAUUAGUUUUGCUGCGCCACGUGGUGAGUGUUUCGGUUUGUUGGGCGUUAAUGGUGCAGGCAAAACAAGCACCUUCCAGAUGAUUGCCGCCAAUUUGACAUUGGACAAGGGAAACAUACAUAUCGAUGGCAUCGACAUUCGUCAAGAUGAGGUGGCUUAUCGUCAUCGUUUUGGCUACUGCCCGCAAUAUGAUGCCUUGAAUAGGUUUAUGACUGCAGAGCAAUGCCUUCGCUAUAUGGCCAUGCUAAGGGGAUUGAGAGUGGGCAAAGAAGGCGCAGAUAGCGUUGAAGCAAAUGUAGAAUAUUGGCUAGACAAGAUACAUUUAACAAAGUAUCGCCAAAUACAAGUGUGCCACUAUUCGGGCGGAACGAAACGAAAAUUGUUAGCUGCCAUGGCAAUGAUAGGAGCCCCUUCUUUGGUGCUUCUGGACGAACCCACUACGGGAGUCGACCCAAUUUCCAGACGAUUUUUAUGGCAAUGUAUCAAAGAUUUCCAAAAUCUAGAUCGCACUGUGGUACUCACCUCACACAGCAUGGAUGAAUGUGAAGAGCUUUGCAAUCGAUUAGCCAUAAUGGCAAAAGGAAAAUUCAAAUGUCUUAACAAUAUUUGCGCUCUAAAACGAUUUAGUGGUUUUACUAUAAAAAUUAAAAUGAAACUUGACACCGAAACAGAAGAAAAUGUGAGCAAAAUUACUAACACACUAAAAUCAUAUUUUCAAGGACUACAAUUACGUGAGAAUCAUGCUGGCACACUAACCUACUUUGUUAGCACUCAGGAUCAUAUCCUUUGGUCAAAUGUUUUUAAAAUAACUGAAGAAUAUUUGUCCUCGAAAUUAUCACAUAUUGUCGAUGAUUAUUCGGUGAAUGAGUGCACACUGGAGGAUAUAUUUCUCAAAUUCGACAAAAAGGAGAUAAGCCGACAUAAUUCUAAGGAAUGUUUUCCUUGAAAAUCUGUGCUGACCAAUGAUACGAUAAGACUGAGUUAAAGGCUAUCGUCGGCUUCGAUUAGCGAAUGAGCAGGUUCUUCGUUAAUGCGGACGAACUCAUUAAAUUCCAUUGUGUAUAAAACAUCAUUGAUAACAAAUCAUUUUAGAGUAAGUUAGUAAGUGGAAAACGUUGAAUCCCAUUCAUGAGGCUAAACCUGGCGAUAUCUUUGACACAGUCUUAUCAUUAUCGUCAGUAUAUUUUGGAUUCUUUUUACUUAACGUUCUCCCUUCGAGACGCAAAUCCCUACUUAUAUACUUAUGUAUAUGUAUCGUAAAAACCCGGAGUUUUUUUCUUAUGUGUUAUUUCUUUCGAAUAGUUUUUCAAAAAAGUCUGAUCUAGCCUAACAUAAUUUAACCCAUUCCUAUGUGUAUCUACUGUUAAAGACAUUGGCUAAUUGGAAAUCUAAUUGUGAAUUGUGAAGUUAAACUACUUUGUGUCUGAAAAACCAAAUCAUAUAUAAACGAUAGUUUUAUAUUAUUUAUAUUUAUUAUAAAACCGAUAUAGAAAUUCUAAUGAUAAAUAAAUUGAUCUACGUUUUCUACAGAA